AACUUUGUGAGAAACAUAUACUGGCCAUCAACUCCUCCUGACUACGACUCGCGACGGAGUAGUGACACCAGCUCUAUCGAGGGAGUCGGGAUUGGGACAUUUCUCAGUAGUAUGGAUGACCAGUACCAGCUACACAAGUACGCCUCGGAAGGCAACUGUGACCUCAUGUUAGAGCUUAUCAACCGAGGGUUCCCCGUCAACGACACCGACAUCAAGUACUUCACACCAUUGCACUAUGCAUCAGCACGUGGACAUAAGGAUGCUGUUCAGAUGUUACUACGAGCCGGGGCAAAUCCUAAUGCUAGAACAGACAACAAGGCUACCGCAUUACAUCUAGCCACGAUGUACGGAAAUGUCCAUGUGGCAGAGACAUUACUACGCCAUCCCGAGAUCAACCUGGAUAUCCAGGACAGACACGGUAAGACAGCUCUCAAUUAUAGUGAGGAGACACAGUACUGGGCCCAAAAACGCAUCGGGGAGCUGAUCAGGGCAGUGUCGAAAUCAAAUACACAGGAAAUUGAGAUCUGCCUCACGGACAAAGCAGUGAAGAAGCUUAAACUAGUCAAUGGAACAAAUACCACUGUGAAGCAGCUGAAUCUACAACUGUUCAGGGAGUAUAACAUGUCUGAUGAGGUGUUCUCGGAGAUCUUCACGAUUUGGAUUUGUUCAAAAAGUCUAGAGCUUCAACUGAGACAAGACCACUGUCCAAUAAUUGAGCUUCAAGUCUGGAAUAGGAAUGUGAAAAUGCUGACUGAUGCUAAUCCUGGUAAUGAGGUGCCAGAAUUCAGGUGGAGGAGGAACGCAAAGAUUGGGCUCAAAGAGGAAAAAGGGGUGAAUCACCCACAGGCUGUACACAUCUUGUUUCACGAGGCCUACAAUAACUACAUCCAGGCUCUGUAUCCCUGUAAGGACCAGGAUGUUCUCACCUUCGCCUCCAUUCUCAUCUAUAAGGAACAAAAAGGAGAGUUUGACUCGGCAUCAGCGAAGAGUCAUGUCACCAGUAAAAACCUACAGAAGUUAGUACCAGGACCAAUGCUGAAGGCGAAGAGUAGUAACUGGGCCUCACGAAUACUACACCAUUACAAAGACUUCUGUCCUCACCUGGCAGACACGCUGGAGGUCCGGCAUGGAACGCAAGAACAGCGAGAUCAGGCACUGAAGCGUCAGUUUUUGGAUUACUGUAGGCACCUCACAGUUUAUGGAUCUGCAUUCUUCAGAGGAAUGCUCCUCGCUAGUCAAGGAAAGGGAAGUCAAAACCAAACUGCCUGUCAUAUUGGUGUCAAUGAUGUUGGUAUACAUAUUAUCAACUCACAGACAGGG